AUGAAGAUUCUGAGCUGGAAUGUCAGAGGUCCAGGAAGGCCUGAAAAGAGAAGGAAAAUCAGGAAGAUAUUGCAUGAGCGGGCAGUAGAUAUGGCUUUGCUCCAGGAGACAAAGCAAUCAAGUGUUUCAAACUUGCGGAUUAAAAGUUUUUGGCCUAGAGACAAAAUGGAAUUCAUGUCUAUAGAUGCUGCAGGUUUGUCUGGUGGUUUACUCUGCAUCUGGGAUCCUGAUGUCUUUCAUCUCUCAGAUUGUUGUAGUAGCAGGAACUUUAUUCUGUUAUUAGGUAAGGCUCACAACUCUUUUGAUUGUGUUCUGGUCAACAUCUAUGCCCCAAAUGAUGUAAUAAAAAGGAAGGCUCUAUGGGUGACCUUGUUAAAUUUGAAAACACUUUUUGUAAACCCAUGGUGCCUGGGUGGAGACUUCAAUGAAAUUAGGAAUGUGGGGGAAAGAAUAGGAGUUUCCUGCAGGUAUAGAGGCAUGCAGGAGUUUAAUGACUUCAUUGAUAAUUGUGAGGUGGUAGAUGUCCAAAUGCUAGGCAAAAAAUUCACUUGGUGUAAUACUCUUGAAGGGAAAAAGUGGAGUAGAAUAGAUAGAUUUCUUCUUAGUCCUGAAUGGUUAGUGAGAUAUAAACUCAAACUAUGGGGUCUUCCAAGAACUAUCUCUGACCACUGCCCUCUUCUUUUCAUGGAGGAUGGUAGGGACUGGGGGCCCAAACCUUUCAAGUUUCUGAACGCAUGGACCUUACAUCCAUCACUGGCUUCCUUGGUAGAGAGUAAUUGGGGUGAACUUCAACUGUAUGGAUCUGCAAGAUCCAUCCUGAAGAGGAAAUUGCAGUCCCUGAAGUUGGUUUUAAAGAAAUGGAAUCAAGAGUCUUAUGGUAUUGCUGCAAAAAAAUUAGAAGCUAUUGAAUCUGCUCUACAUGAUCUUGAUUUAAAAGCUGAAACUAGACCUCUGGAUGAAGGUGAAUUGCGACUACAAAGAGAGGAAAGGACUGAAAUGUGGUCACACGAGCAGGAGGAUGGAAUGGAAGUGGCUCCAAAAAUCUAG